ACGACAAGUGGGGACAGCGACAGAUUUGACACGAUCGCUGAUAAGGAAAGCGCUGAUAAAGUAACAUAUAUAAUCUACGGCGCCAUGGAUGCCUUGUUAUUCCAUCUGAAAUGCAUUAAAAUCCGGGUGUCGUUAGGCUCGUGGAGGUUCCUGGUCAUCUUUCCUGGUAGCAUUAGAGCGUUUCAUCUAUAUCUCUUCCUACGAUAAGAAGAAAUAAAAGAUGGAGCAAUCCCGUGUUAAACGGUGGCCGCAAUAUUUAGCAGCGAUUACAGCUACCUUAUCGCUGGCAACUACCGGGUCUCACAUUGGCUGGACGUCACCCACCUUGCCAAUACUGAAGUCAUCCGAAUCCCACGUCCCGAUAACAUCCGACGAUGCUUCCUGGAUCGCCUCUUUCUAUCUUUUGGGCACCAUUCCCGGAUGCAUUGUGGCGGCCCUCAUUGUAGAUCGGCUAGGUCGGAAAACGAGUCUGCUGGUAGGCGGCAUACCUCUGACUCUCUCGUACAUUCUCAUCAUUGUAGCAUGGAAUCCCUAUGUUCUCUACGCCGCUCGUGGUAUCGGUGGUAUCGGCCAGGGCAUAGCGUACGUCGUCUGUCCGAUGUACAUCGGCGAGAUUGCCGAUAAGGAAAUCAGGGGUACCCUCGGCUCCUUCAUCAAACUGAUGGUAACCUUCGGAGAGUUGUACGCUCACGCGGUCGGUCCGUUCGUCUCCUAUGAAUGGCUCGGUUACAGCUGUCUGUUGAUCCCGCUGGUAUUCUUCAUGAGCUUCCCCUGGAUGCCCGAGUCACCGUAUUAUUUGCUGAUGAAGAACCGCCAGAAGAAAGCGAUGAAGAACCUAAGACGUCUGAGGCGCCGUGUUUCUGACAAUCAACUGGAGACGGACAUGGAACAGAUGCAGAAGAUAAUUGUCCGCGAUCUUAGCGAUCGCGGCGGAUUCUGUGAUCUAUUUGGUACGCCCGGUAAUCGACGCGCCGUCAUUAUCAGCAUCGGCCUGCAGCUGGUCCUCCAGUUCAGCGGUAUCGCCGCGGUCGAGUCGUACACUCAGGAGAUUCUCGAGGAAGGCGACGCGGGUCUUCCCGCCAGUAUCUCUGUCAUCCUGAUGAGUGCGCUUCAGUUGAUAGCCGGUCUCGGAGCGGUGGUCUUGGUCGACAAACUUGGUAGACGACCGUUACUCAUCACCACCUCUCUUCUAGCUGGAAUCGCAUUGACCAUCGCCGGAACCUUCUAUUUCGUAAAAUUCCAAUUCAAAGUAGACACGACCGGAUACGGCUGGCUGCUUCAUUCCUCCAUAAUAUUCUACGAACUGAUCAUCGCUCUGGGCCUGAAUCCAUUGCCCUACAUGAUGCUGGGCGAGCUAUUUCCAACGAAUGUCAAGGGCGCCGCCGUGUCGUUGGCCAAUCUGCUGUCCUCGGUGCUGGCCUUCAUCGUCUCCAAGAUGUAUCAAGUAAUCGCCGACAGUGUGGGAGUGUACGCGGCCUUCGGCUGGUUCGCUAUCAGCUGUUAUCUUGGCGUAAUCUUCAUCGCGCUGAUCGUCCCCGAAACCAAAGGCAAGUCACUGUUGGAAAUUCAGGAGGAGCUUAACUGCAUUCAGAAGAAGAAGAAGAAGAGCAACGCAAAAGAGCAGCAAUUUCAAAUAAGUACGAUUGCUUAGGUCGAUAGGCAUAAGCGAAGUAAGGCCGCGAUACUUACGAAGAAUUCACGCACGAUAAUUUUUAAACGAUAGAAAUAAGCGAUGCGCUUUUCCUGGAUUACGGGACAUUCGACAGGGAACGGCUUGGGCCGGCUGAUCGCCCUUCCGGUUACGUUCGGAUCGCUCGUAAAAAUGGAUGAGAGAAUAUUUUCAACGAUCAUCGGUAAGAUCAAUUGCAAUAUUUGAAUACACAAUUGGAUUGUCUCUCGAGUCAGACAUAAACAAAAUUAAUUAACGAUACUGUUUGAAACUUUAUAUGACAGACGAUUUGCAAAAUUUAAACUAAAACAAAUUGUUCUUGUUUGUGAAUUAUCCAAAUGAACCGGAGAGAGUAUUCCCUGUCGAUGGAUUUACGCAUUUUACCAUACAAGAAAUUCGAAAGGAAAUUUUGAGAAUCUCUAUAUUACUAGUUGCAGAGUCCCUUGCGUUUUGAUUUCAAUCUUAUUACAGAAAUAUUAUUUUUUUUUUAUUUUCUACAUUUUAUCGUUUCAACUAGGAAACUGAAUGGAGUGUUAAUUAUUGAAUCGCAUUUUACUUAUUAGAAUAUGGAGGAAAGAUUCUUCAGAGAAUAGCUAGUUUAUAAGAUUUUAGUGUCUAGAAAAAGGGCCCUUAUAUUCCUUUGAAGAAGGCACUUCGAUUGAAGUAAUGAGAGAUCGCCAAAAGAUUUUUCCCGAUCGAGAUAUCGUACGAUGUUAUAAGUUAAAGAGUAACUCCAACUUGUGACGCAUAUCUGUUUGGAUAAUGUACAUUUACAUUUUAAACACGCAAACAGGCGCCCGUCACUUGUGCAAACGUUAUAUUAAUUCGAGAAUAAUCUCAAUUCAAACAUCUCAAAAAGACGCGUGUCUAAUUACGCAGAAGUUAAACGGAAAAAUAAUGACGUAAAUUUUGCGCCAUUAUUCUUUGUUGUCAUUAGCAACACGUGAGAGUCGAGCCUUUUAUUUCAUACACACAAUGAGCACAAGUCGAGUGGAAGAUUUUAGCGUACACAUGCGGAACUGGCAACAUUUAAUAACGAUCUGUUAUUGAGGUGUUAUUUUUACGUGUCAAAACACAAAUGUGUUCUCGCCAAGAGCGAGAUCAUUCAACCGCUGUGUUCGCUGGAGGUUUUCUACAGCAAUUGUACAGGCGACUGUCGUCGACGUGUCAGCUUUGAAAACGUUAGCUCGAUCGGGCAAAAGUCUUGAAAAUGGCGAAGAAAUCUCCGCGACCGAGAAUAAUGCGAAUUUACAGUGUGUGUCCGGUGGUUCCCGAAGUGGCAUUUCGGAGAAAUCGUUCCUUCGGGAGCCAUCGUGCAUCCAACGUGCGCUAGCUAGGGUCCCCCCAAAUAUGGUAAGAGCAAUCUUGCAUGACCAUCUUUUUUCCCUUUUAGGCAGGGUUAAACUCAAGCUUGAGACUGAUAGUUUUUAAUUAAUCGUAAAGUAUUUAUUUGUCGCUCUGGCCGAGCUCCGAACAGGCAAAAGAUUUUUUCAGUGGAAGAAUUCCAUGCGGAAAAAAAAUCAGUCAGCUUUUAACUCCGCAUGAUUUAUAGAUCUUUCUUUCGAUAAGAUAUCCUUACGAAUAAUUUUGCGCCUUGAACUUGAACUGAACUCUCGAAGAAUCUCUGAUAAAGUAGAAGAAAACUAAUGAAUGUAAAAUGAAAAGUGAAAUAAUGGAGCAAGCGCAUAAAGAAUCUCUCUGGAGAGAAGAAGAAGAAAAAGAAGCGAAAGAAAAAGAAAGAAGCAGCAAACUCCUGUUCGGCGCGACGCCACGGCGAUUAGAAACAUCUUUUUUUUAUCCCUUUAAAGCAGGGUGCAAAACAACACGACAUAACGCGAUUACGAUUAAACGUUAUCGAAGAAUAGUGCGUGUGAAUCGCGCGUACGCAGGUACGCGCGCACGCCUAUGGCCCUGAUGCGAGGAUUUAGACGAGCACUGUGGCAUGACUACUAACUUAUAUUUCCCUUUCAGGCAGGGUGAGAGACAUACGUAUGUCAUAGAAAUAGCUUCGGCGUAGAAUAUAACUGGCCCGUUAUUAGAGUUAAAGAAAACACUCGCGCAUGUUCUGCACAUGCGUUAUAAACUUACCCGGGAUAAAUCCAGGUUGCGUGCUCUCGUGCGUAAAUGGUCGCCAAUAAUAAAUGGUUCGUCUGGCCGAGCGUGAUGCAAAAUCCCGAUUUCAUAAUCGGAAUAGCUAACGACACCCCCGCUCAAGAGAAGGGUUUAUUCUCGUUACUGCCGACGCGAUCCACCUGUUACGUAGACCGAAGAAACCCAUAAGCCGUGUUUGGCAAGUAAACAAGGCCGAAGGCAUAUGAAUGGACAUCGCGUUUAGUUAGACGGAAAUAAUUCGCGGACGACCGGUCAUUCGCCUUUAUCAUCACGGCCACACGCUGUACGCACGCGGAGCAUGUUAUAUUUGAUAAGCUUACAACUUAACUCGAGUGUCAAGUAUGUUCGCGCUAUUGCAUGACUCUCUACACGUCCCUUUUAGGCAGGGUUCAAAUGUUAAUCGAACUCCACCUCGACCUCACAGAUUUCUACGAUGUAGAAGUUUGCAAUAUACGUUGACAAAUAAAGAAACUCACCGUUUUCA